CUAAGUGCCGCCCACGUUUUUGAUUUCAACGUCGCAGGUAUGGACUUUGAGGAGGAACCGCAGGCAAAAACUGAUCCCGAAAAGAUCUCCAUUACAGUAAUCCAGCACCAAGGAUAUUUCCGACGGGCGAUUCCGUGUAUGCCAUUGGCACUGGCUGGUCUUUGCUGUUUUCUGAAUGUCUUCAUCCCCGGUCUGGGUAAGUAUCCAAGUCUUUUCAGCAGUCCCGGGAACGCAGAGACCUACUGA